AUGCAUAGUAUCUUCGGGCGUCUGUGCUGUCAGCCAACCCCGAAGAGAAAGCGAAGCAUUCAAGUAGCCUCUCCGUCCUCAGUCAUACCUACCAUAAGCCCCCCUGCUCCACCACCCUCUCGAGCGCAAGGAACACUAGAAAGCGAGCAAACAGACAACAUCGAUCUGUCCGCCCCGGAAUCAGCGGCCGAAAUUAACCAACGACUCCGCUCAGCUGGCCAUACACCUGGUCCACUUGACCAGACCCGAAAGUCCAGUCUGCUCAAGACACGUACUAGCUUACCAGAUGUGAACGAGCAUUCACCUGAUUUUUCGAUCCCUCGGAUCGCGACCAGCAAGUCUUGGUCAAAUCAACCUAACCCUGAUGAUCGCCAGCUCGGCGAAAUACCCGCAACGAAGAUCAAGUCCAGCCCGCAUUCCAGUCUUGGCGGCGAAGCGUGUCUCAUGACUGAGCCGAGUCAAAAGCGGUACAGCGAAGACGUUGCUGACAGAAAUAUCAAGCUUUACGGUGGUAUCGAGAGAUCGAAUUCCAUGCCAAAUGAUCAGAAACAAACGAGUCCGGACGAAAGAGACCGUUUCACACGACGGACUUCAAUCCCGCCGUUCAAAACCGAUCAGCAAGAAGUAUCUGAACCGCCAAAGGACGAAGAUGUUACGCCCAAAGAAUCCGAGGGGCGCAUUCUCAUGGUACCAGAUCUAGGUCAAGUUGAGCUUGCCCGUUACGCACACCAACCCAGCGCCUGGCAGUCUCCAGAUGGGAAGCCUGUCGAAUUUUCAAAUUCCCGUCCGAUUCAGCCCGUACGAGAGGAGUCUGAGGAGUCAUUCAACACGUUCUUGAGAACCACUGGCCCGGUUGUAGAAGCUUCGAAAGACAGUAGGUUGGGUCUGAAGAAAGACAUUAAUGAGUCGAGCACCCUACGCAUGAAAGAAGGUGCAGGUAGUGACGACGAGCAGCCAUCUCAGCGCAAGGUUUCGGUCACACCCUCCGUGGGCGUUAGCAGAUACUCCACUGCGAAGGCCUCGCUUCCGGAGGAUGGUGAUGACGACGAUGCAGCUGAAGCAGACCGGGUGGUGAUUUGGAAAGGGUUCAGUGUCUAA